CAGAGAGAAACAACAAUACACGUCAACAAACUUUUGUGUAUUUUGUAUUAAGGAUUGAAGGAGCAGAGGCUAUUGGGUUAUCGAGAUGAAGAAAAAGGUGGGUAGAUUGUGGAAAAACAAGAAAGAAGGAAAAAUAUAAUGGAGAAAGGUUCGGAUGCCCUAGAUCAUUUAUCACCUGCUAGCUUAGAAGGUGUGCAGGAUUAUGAGAUGGAACAACUUUCUCAACCAAAUAGUUCUGAUUUAGGAGCAGGAGUGGAAUCUCAAGUGCAAAAUUCUGAUGGAGAAGUCGAAGCUAAAGGGGCUACAGCUUCACAUACUAAGAAUGAAGUAGAAUCAUUGUUAAUCAAGCCAUCAGUAGCUAAAGCAUCAGAAGAUGCCGAGGUACUUCCAAGAAAACGCAACGGUUUCCUUCAUUUAUUUUCUCUUAGAGAUAUCAAUUCUUGCAUUUUGAUCUCUGAGAAUAAACGAGUCAUUUGUUCUGUCAUGAUUUCGUUUUUAGUUGUUUUGUCUUAUGCCCAUCUCCCACAUAGUAUAGCAAGGUCAAAUAGCGUCAUUGCAUCAAGGCCCCUUUAUAUACUGUUGCUAACUGAUUUGACAAUAGUGAUUGCACGAAUAAUUCGCAAGGAAGUAGUUCCUGAUGAAGAAAGGGUCGAAGACAGACAAGGUGUGAAGGAUUUCGGACAUAAUUGGGAUGGAGCUCUAACGAUAUUGGAAUACGGUUUGGUUCUCUAUCAGACAAUUCGUGCACUCUUCAUAGACUGCAGUUUCUAUUUGGUCAUUGUCAUAUGUGGUCUGUCUCUCAUAUAAUUGUCUCUCAUAUGCUUUCCACAGAGCUAGUUUUGUUAAUUCUUUUUAAGGUGGUGAAGGAGGAGUUCAAGAGAAUUUGCUUUUUACCAUUUAUUCACUAACUUUUUGCUUGUAUAAUAUGGCAUGAGACCUCAUGUUGUUUGUAGUUUGAUCUGUUUUCUUUUACAAA